CCUGGCACAGCUGCACCGCCAUUUUCCCUGCUUUCAGACUGCCUGACGGACAGACUGACGGCCGGCCGUCGGAGCAUCCCGCACCCAUCCUCCUGUUUAUCCGUGCGGCACCCCGCUCCUCCCUCCACACCACUCCAAGUCUCCCACUCUUUUCUAACUGACGCACCGCUGCUGAAGCUGAGGCACGGCGGAUUAUCCAUGUAUGGGUGCGUGAGGGGAAAUGAUGCUGUAGGCUAACCAAAGGAUAGAGCGAAGGACCAAAAUACGAGCUGCAGAGGAGAAUCGGAGGAGGCACCAGAGGAUCCUGCCGCUGUUUUGAAUGGGAAGGGGGAUCCACCAUUUGCGGCUGUCGAGUCUGAGUUGCUGAGGUGCCAGGUGCGCACUGGCCACGGGGAUCUCCAGCUCUUCUGCUCACUCACACGUAGACCUGCAACAUGGCGGGGGCUUCCGUGAAGGUAGCGGUGAGGGUCCGACCCUUCAACUCCAGAGAGAUCGGGAAGGAGAGCAAGUGCAUCAUUCAGAUGUCUGGGAACACCACGACAAUCUUGAAUCCAAAACAGCCGAAAGAAAACAAGAGCUUCAACUUUGACUUUUCCUACUGGUCACACACCACGCCUGAGGACGUCAACUAUGCCUCCCAGAUGCAGGUGUACAGAGACAUCGGAGAGGAGAUGCUGCUCCACGCCUUUGAAGGCUACAAUGUGUGUAUAUUUGCAUACGGGCAGACGGGUGCAGGCAAAAGCUACACCAUGAUGGGCCGACAGGAAAAAGACCAGCAGGGAAUCAUUCCUCUGCUGUGCGAGGACCUUUUCACCAAGAUCAAUGACAGCAAUAAUGACAACAGCAUGUCCUACUCAGUGGAGGUGAGUUACAUGGAGAUCUACUGUGAGCGUGUGCGUGACCUGCUGAAUCCCAAAAACAAAGGAAACCUGCGUGUCAGAGAGCACCCGCUGAUGGGACCUUAUGUUGAAGAUCUAUCAAAGCUAGCCGUCACCUCCUACAAUGACAUCCAGGACCUGAUGGAUUCUGGAAACAAGGCCAGGACUGUGGCUGCUACCAACAUGAACGAGACAAGCAGCCGCUCCCACGCCGUCUUCAACAUUAUCUUCACUCAGAAGAAACACGACAUGGAGACGGACAACACGUCAGAGAAGGUCAGCAAGAUCAGUUUGGUUGACUUGGCUGGCAGCGAGAGAGCAGACUCAACUGGAGCUAAAGGAACAAGGCUGAAGGAAGGAGCAAAUAUCAACAAAUCCUUGACCACUCUGGGAAAAGUGAUUUCUGCUCUGGCUGAACUGGACUCUGCACCAAACAAGAACAAGAAAAAGAAGAAGGUGGAGAGUUUCAUUCCCUACAGAGACUCGGUGCUCACAUGGCUGCUGAGGGAGAACUUAGGAGGAAACUCUCGCACAGCCAUGGUGGCUGCCCUUAGCCCUGCUGAUAUUAACUAUGAUGAAACCCUAAGUACCCUUCGGUACGCCGAUCGUGCCAAACAGAUCCGCUGUAACGCCGUGAUCAACGAGGACCCCAACAACCGGCUGGUGCGCGAGCUGAAAGAGGAGGUGGCUCGUCUCAAAGACCUGUUGUACGCACAGGGCCUGGGCGACAUCAUCGAGAACCUGUGCGAUUACAAGAACUUUGUGAAUAAUCGCCAGGCUGUCAAUCAAAGGGGUGAUCUCUCCACAGUGACCCAUGCCAUGACGGGAAUGAGCCCCUCACCCUCGCUCUCAGCCCUAUCCAGUCGAGCUGGCUCCAUCAGCAACCUCCACGAUCGCAUCUUUAGCCCGGCCAGUGAGGAAGCCAUUGAAAGGCUCAAGGAAACCGAGAAAAUCAUCGCAGAGCUCAAUGAGACAUGGGAAGAGAAGCUGCGCCGUACUGAGGCCAUCCGUAUGGAGAGAGAGGCACUGUUGGCUGAGAUGGGCGUUGCCAUGAGAGAAGAUGGAGGCACAGUCGGCGUCUUCUCCCCCAAAAAGACGCCUCAUCUGGUGAACCUCAACGAGGACCCACUGAUGUCCGAGUGUCUGCUCUAUUACAUCAAAGACGGCAUAACCAAGGUUGGCCGUGAAAAUGCCAAAACUCGCCAAGACAUUGUUCUUAGUGGCCAUUUUAUCAAGGAUGAACACUGCACCUUCAGCAGCACCACUGGCCCUCAGGGAGAAGGAUGCGUCAUUCUCGAGCCGUGUGAGGGAGCAGAGACUUAUGUCAAUGGCAAGAGAGUGACCUCACCUAUUGUCCUGAGGUCUGGAAAUCGCAUCAUCAUGGGCAAGAGCCACGUGUUCCGCUUCAACGACCCCGAGCAGGCUCGUCUGGAGCGGGAGAGGACGCCGUGUGCCGAGACACCUGUGGAGCCCGUCGACUGGGCCUUUGCUCAGCGAGAGCUGCUGGAGAAACAAGGCAUCGACAUGAAGCAGGAGAUGGAGCAGAGGCUUCAGGAGCUUGAGGAUCAGUACCGCAAAGAACGAGAGGAAGCCAGCAACCUGCUGGAACAACAGCGGCUGGACUAUGAGAGUAAACUGGAGGCCCUUCGGAAACAGGUGGACUCUCGGUACCUGGAGUCACCUGAGGAAGAGGAGGAGCCUGAAGAGGAAGUGCCGUGGACGAAGCGCGAGACCGAGCUGGCGCUGUGGGCUUUCAGAAAGUGGCGUUUCUAUCAGUUCACGUCCCUCAGGGAUCUGCUCUGGGGCAACGCCAUCUUCCUCAAAGAGGCCAAUGCAAUCAGUGUGGAGCUGAAGAAGAAGGUGCAGUUCCAGUUUGUCCUCUUGACAGACACUCUCUAUUCUCCGCUGCCCCCUGACCUGCUGCCUCCCAGUGAGGCUAAAGAGAGAGAGAGGCGACCGUUCCCUCGGACGAUAGUGGCCGUCGAAGUGCAAGAUCAAAAGAACGGAGCCACACAUUACUGGACUCUGGAAAAACUGAGACAGAGGCUGGACCUGAUGAGAGAAAUGUAUGAUCGUGCUGCGGAGCUGCCCAGCAGCGCCGUGGAGGACUGUGACCACGCCCUGACAGGAGGCGACCCCUUCUACGACCGCUUCCCCUGGUUCCGUCUGGUCGGCAGGGCUUUUGUGUAUCUGAGUAACCUGCUGUAUCCGGUCCCUCUGGUACAUCGUGUGGCCAUUGUAAGCGAGAAAGGAGAGGUGAAAGGCUUCCUUAGAGUGGCAGUGCAGGCCAUCUCAGCUGAUGAGGAGGCGCCUGAUUACGGCUCUGGCGUGAGGCAGUCAGGCACCGCCAAGAUCUCCUUUGAAGACAAACAGUUUGAGAAGUUUCAGACUGAGUCGUGUCCCGCAAGUCUGUCGCACUCCAACACCUCACAGGAAGAGCUGCGAAUUGUGGAGGGAGAAGGACAAAAUGCUGAGACUGGAAUCUCUGCAGAUGAAGUUAACAACAACACCUGUGAAGCCACACUGGAUGCUCCUCUAAGCCCAGUAAAGAGUUUAGGUCUGGGUCUGGAUCUUCCUCUGGACCUGUCUCCAGAGAAAGCGCUGUCCCACCUCAAGAUCGGCAGCACUUUCACCUUCAGAGUUACCGUCUUACAGGCCUCGAGCAUCUCUGCAGAGUACGCCGACAUCUUCUGCCAGUUCAACUUCAUCCACCGUCAUGACGAAGCUUUCUCCACUGAGCCGCUGAAAAAUACCGGCAGAGGGCCGCCACUGGGCUUCUACCAUGUCCAAAAUAUCACAGUGGAGGUGACCAAGUCCUUCACGGAGUACAUCAAGACUCAGCCCAUCGUCUUUGAGGUGUUUGGACACUAUCAGAAACAGCCGUUCCCUCCACUCUGCAAAGAUUUAAUCAGCCCACUGAGACCUUCCAGGAGGCAGUUCCCUCGGGUAAUGCCGUUAUCCAAACCAGUGCCUGCCACCAAGCUCAACACUCUGACUCGCUCCACUGCGGGACCCUGUCACGCCAAAUACGAUCUCAUGGUCUUCUUUGAGAUCUGCGAGCUGGAAGCUAACGGAGAUUAUAUCCCGGCUGUUGUUGACCACAGAGGUGGGAUGCCCUGCCAUGGGACGUUCCUUUUACAUCAGGGCAUUCAGAGGAGGAUCAGAGUCACAAUUGCUCACGAAACAGGAAAUGAUAUUGAGUGGAAAGAAGUGAAGGAGCUCGUUAUUGGUCGUAUUCGAAACACGCCCGAGGCUGAUGAGACCAUCAUAGACCCCAACAUCCUUUCCCUCAACAUCCUGACCUCUGGAUACGUCUGGCCAAAACAUGAUGACAAUGUCUCUCUGGGAGUUGAUCACAGAACUUUCUACCGAUUCGAGGCCGCAUGGGACAGCUCCAUGCACAACUCUCUGCUUCUGAACAGAGUCACACCCUAUGGGGAGAAGAUCUACAUCACCCUCUCUACUUAUCUAGAGAUGGAGAACUGUACUCAGCCGACAGUUAUCACCAAAGACUUCUGCAUGGUGUUUUACUCCCGUGACACAAAGCUGCCGGCAUCCCGCUCCAUCAGAAACCUCUUCAGCACCGGCUGCCUCCGGCCCUCUGAGAGUAACCGUGUCACUGGAGUCUAUGAAAUCACUCUCUGCCACGUGGCUGACAACGGAAGUCCAGGCAUGCAGCGUCGUCGCAGGCGCGUGCUGGACACCUCGGUGGCUUACGUGAGAGGCGAGGAGAACCUGGCUGGAUGGAGGCCCCGCAGUGACAGCCUCAUCCUCGACCACCAGUGGGAGCUGGAGAAACUUAGCUUACUGCAGGAGGUGGAAAAGACCAGGCACUAUUUGCUGCUGAGGGAGAAGCUGGAGGCGACUCUGCAUGCGGGACAGGAUGCACUCUACAAAAAUGGCGACAUCAUCGACUUUGCAAAGAGUCCCGUCCUCAGCCACAGCCCCAGCAGCAGCCCCGCCCCCGACAGCCCCAACCAGAGGCAGAGGGAGCUGGCUGCUAAGUGUCUGCGUCUGCUGAUGCACACCUUCAACAGGGAGUACAGCCAGGUGAGCAGCAGUGCCAGUGAGAGCAAGCUUUCUGAGAUGUCUGCGUCUCUGAUGAGGGAGUCAUCCUCUUCUACACUGAGCACGCUCACCCCGUCCUCGACCUGCCCCUCACUGGUGGAGGGACAUUAUGACAUCAGUGUGAACAUGUUUGCGUUGUCUAGACACACUGAUCCCAGUUCUGGAGCAUCCACACCGGACCUAGAUCCGUACAGCCCCGUGGACAGAAAGAAAGUCCUCAGAGGAUGCACCUUUGUUCCCGACAUACAGGAGAUUCGUGUCAGCCCUAUUGUGUCAAAGAAGGGCUAUUUGCACUUCCUGGAGCCUCACACCAGCGGCUGGGUGAGGCGUUUCGUGGUGGUGCGCCGGCCCUAUGUGUACCUGUACCGCAGCGAGAGGGACAGCGUCGAGAGAGCCAUCAUCAACCUGUCAUCUGCAAAGGUGGAAUACAGUGAAGACAAACAGACGUUACUGCGGACUCCCAACACGUUUGCUGUGUGCACCGAGCAUCGUGGGAUUCUGCUGCAGGCAGCCAAUGACAAAGAGAUGCAUGACUGGCUGUAUGCUUUUAACCCUCUGUUAGCAGGCACCAUCAGGUCAAAGCUCUCCAGAAGAAAGUCGGUCCAGUCGUACCCAUCGGCUCAGCGGAUGUGAGAGUUGAAGGGGCCUGGCGAAAAACAGCGAACAAAACAAUACAAUCUAAAAGCUCAGCUCAACAUCCUGCUUAAUCGAGCAUAGACCAUAUAGCAAACUUACACAUAGAACCAUUUAAAUAUCCCUCUAUGUGAUGACCGCCCCUGUCACUCACUCGCUCAUCCACAAAGCCGACAAAAGCAUUUUUUGCCGUCACCACCACACUAACCCUGCAUGGUGUGCUCCCUUCCGACCUUUAGAAGAAUUCCUAAGAAAAUCUAACCACCCAAAACCCGUUACAUAACUUACCUCUGCUGGGCGCUGGGACUAGUUCAGAUUAGUUUUCAUGUUUCCUGUAGAUGUGUCAUCUGUGAGGCUGCCAGUUUCCAGCAAAGACAUAAGUCUCAGCUGUGAAACAGACAUUGAACAUCAACCAUUAACGGCAUCAAGUGAGGGGAGGGGUAAAAACAUCUUAUUGGAUGUUUUCUCUGUGUAGGUGUGUUAAGUGCAGCGAUGAUAGCUCCAUAUCCAUCCUCCAUACAUAUAAUGUACAUAAUAAUGUACAUUGGCUUGGUGCUCUGCAGCAUAGAGUAUUUGUUUCACUGAAGAGGUUUCAGAUAGCAGAGAUUCAUCAUUGCUGUUGCUCAUCAUUUUAACCUUGAAGUAGCAUGAGGGGGGAUCCAAGCUGUUGUUUCUGUGUCUUUUUUUUAAGAUCUGGUUCUAUGAAAACACGAGAUCGUUUGCUAGAUUAGGACGGCCCGUUCAGGAGAGAUAAUACGUGUCCUCGCCUUGUUAUUGAUAUGUGCUUCGUCCUUCCUUUAUUAUUAUUUAUAUUGUUUUUUCUACAUAACCCCUUGCAGGUAUAACCCUGAAGGAAAAUGUUUAAUGUUGCUGUUGAAGCUGCACUGUAUUUUAUUGUGACAGGACCACUGACAGUUUUGUUGCAUGGCACUUUAUUGAGUUAAUGUCUCGUACCAUUUACUCUGUUAUUUUAACCAAAGCGUUCUUUUGCUUUUUGUAAUCGUUUCACUUACUGUGCAUUUGUGUGCAAAGAUAGUUAUUUUAUUUUAUUUUAUUUUAGUGGGAUUUUAAAUGAAUAGUUUGACACUUUGGGAAAAUACUUUUCCUGCUGAGACUCAGAUGAGAAGACAAAAAGCGCACUUAUGAUCCUGAAGCCAGCAGAUUUUUUUAGCCUAGCUUGGCAAAAAGGUAGGAAACAGAAAGCUUGGCUGUGGCCGUUAACAAAAAGGGAAAAUAGCACGUCUGAAGCGAACUAAAUAGGACUCGUUUAAUGGGUGACUAAAUCUUGCAUAAAGAGCUGCAAGCAUCAUGGAGUAAAACGCAAAUUAGUGAGCUUUAGAAGUGCUAGUAGGUGAUUUUGUUGCUUGAGUUAAUCAAUUUUCACACAAUAAAUCCACAUUUCUGGCAAAAAAGGUGAAUUUCCCAAAAGGUUACACUAUUCUUUUAACCAAUGAGUCGCACCAGAUUUGAUCUAAUUGGGAGGACAACUGUACUGUGUGUGGUUGUCAUUUUUAUUUUUAUGGAUCAGCAGAGUUGCUCCGUUCGAUAAGCUGACUUGUGAAGACUCCUCUUGUAGCUCAAUAGAAAGGACAAAGUUAUAAUCGACCGUGGACCUUCAGUCUUUUUAGGGCGGUUGCUUCAAGUGGACGAGAGCGUUGUCCUAGCACCAGAUAGUGCCUCCCUUUCUUCACCUCUCUUUUCUUUCUCUCCUUGAUCCUUGUCUUUAGCAUUAAUGCUAAAUAAAGUUACUCACAUGCAUUCAUGAUUAGCUUUUAUGUAAAGUUAUAGUAAAUGCUAUUAAUCUUUGUUUUUUAAGUUUUCAUUAUGUAUAUCAAUGUUUUGGAGAGUGAAUAUUAUCAAUGAUCCUCUAUAGCAUAUAGUUAUUGCCUGUAACAGACUGUAAAUGUUUCCUUUGACAGCAGUCUCCCUGCCAGCUUUUGUACCGUAGCUGCUCGGUAUUUGACAGCCUGACGCUUGUGUCGGACAUCGGUAAAGCAUGACUGACUUGAUGUUGUCAUGACAAGGAAUGGUUUGUAGGUCUUUAAAAAAAAUCUAUCGAUAAUGUUGCUUUGAAAUCUAAAACAUCUUUAUCUUGUUAUGCAAGAGUGACAACAUUGGGUCAAAUUUACCGAGUAGGCAUAUAAUGCAUUCAACACAGGCCUGGUCAGCCAGCCGGUCUGCCUGUCUCAUUUCCAUUUAAAUGCUAAUGAUCAGUUUUCUACACUCUGUAAGCAGAAUUUAGGACUUUGUGUGCCACAGGCCAGCCAACUUGUUGAGCAACACAGCCUAAAUCAUGUACAAGUUUGUAGAAAAUCUGACUCUAGUUAAAUUUUGCAUUUUAUUGCAGUUUUAUUUUGCUUUUUUUUGCCACUUUGGGUUUUUUUUAAAUGUUACUUUGUCUGUAAACAAAGAGUUAAUUGAGUUUAUUUAUUGUUGAAUGUGUUGGGUAGAACAUGUUGUCUGCUGGUACAGAAGACAAAUGGAAAGUUUUAUUUGUAAAAUAUCAAAGCAUAAAUUAUGUUCUUGAAAAUUAAUGCACUUACGCACAAAGCAUCUUUAUUUAAUAUGAUUUUUGUAUUAAGCAUUUAGAAAAUCUAGAGGACUUAAAAAAAAAUAUAUAUAUAUAUAUACGUCAAGGUAGUUGAUACACAAACACUGGCACAUAACUUUCAAGGCUUCCAACCCUAACAGUUGAAGAGUGUCAGAAACACUUUGUGAGGUAGUUUUAGUGUGCCUGCCAGUGAUUGUUGAACGGCACAUCAGUCGAUCGUUUUGUUUUUCUUUUCCUUUGGCUGUUUUAGCUGUCACAACUCUGGAUCAAAGCAUGCAGGUCCACUUAUCUUCCGCUUUCCCCUCUCUCCUGCCUUACCGCUUGCUAAUGACAACAGCUUUCCACUCCUGAAAGUGCUGCUUGUAAAGUAUGUCAUCCAUGAUCCCCGUAAUGAUUUACUGGAAACCUUCCUCUUGGCUCGUGUCUUGUAUAUAAAUGGAGAUUUCUGUGUUUGGGUCUCAUUACACAGAUGAUAUUAACUCUCUUUUACUCUGUAUACCAUGAUGAAUAAGAAUAAUUGACCUGCUGCUUGGUUAAGUGUCACUGCAGAGUACAGAGUGCGGAUCAGGAAGCAGUUUCGGACCUCUCGGCUCAGUGUGAGUAAGACGGUCAUCCUGGACUGGGUACGUGACCCCAAGUCUGUGCUCUUGCUUGGAGUUGCUUGACAGAAGCAGAAACAGGUCGCAGCCUGUGAUAAAGUCUUAAACUCAGUGCUCACGUUUAUCUUUUGAGUGUUCUGGAGUUCUUUCUCAUGUCUGUGGACACAUAACAAAAGUUGUCAAAAAAAGAAUCAAGCAAAUAAAUAAAUGUGUUGAAAAACGUG